AUGGGUGGAUUCAAGCUUCUCAGCCUCGCUGCCUUCGCAGGCUCAACUCUAGGCGCACCACUCGAAGAACGUGCGAAGCAACCCAAGAGCUUCUUCAAGGAGGUCGGCAACUCGACCUGGGUAAUCGGCAACGAUGUCUGGAAUGUCACACAAAACCUACAGUAUGCCAACAAGCUCUGGUACAAGGGGAAAGACAGAGUUGGACAGGCCGUGGGUCAUUAUGUGAGCUACAACGGCGCUGCUUCUGACCUCAAGUGGACAUCUGCUUUAGUCGUCGACACAGGCAGCGACUGGAUCAACAUCAAGUUUACGGCCAUCGAAGGGGACAUGCAUUGGGUAAUCUACGACGGCCUUCACGGAUCGUACCAAUACUUCGUCAACCGCGCUCUCCCUACGCUGGGCGAGUUCAGAACCCUCUGGCGUCUCGACAACGUCUCCUUCCCUAAUGCCCGAACAAACGUUAGGGACGGUCCCCUGCCAGCCCUUGCUGAGUACACCAUCUCGACAAACGUACAAGACGAGACCUGGCAGAAGCCUGACGGUACCUUCUUGACAAAGUAUGACUGGAGCAGUAACGUCCGAGACAACGAUUUCCACGGUGUCUAUGGCGAUGAAGUAGGAAGCUGGUACCUGAACCCUGGCAAGGACUAUUUCAAUGGCGACCAUCUGAAACAAGAACUCUUUGUCCAUCGCGAAUCUAAGACUGGCGAUGCAGUCCAACUGAACAUGAUUCAUGGUACACACUACCAGGCCGUUUCGCGCGAUGUCUUCGUCGACGGCAAAGUCUGGGGCCCUUGGCUCUGGUACCUAAACGAUGGCUCCAAAGACGACGCCGCGGCCCGCGCCGCUAAGGAGGAGUCAGCAUGGCCCUACAAGUGGUACAACGACAAAGCCUACCAGUCACGUGGUAAGAUACAAGGUCGCCUUCUUUUGAGCGACGGCCGCCCAGCCGCCGGCGCAGCCGUCUUCCUUGGCGACAACAACAAUUCAACCAUCUCCACGCUCGAUCAGGGCAAGGACUUCUACUACACCUCCUACGCCGAUGUGGACGGUAAAUUCUCUUUCAAAGAUGUCCGCACUGGUUCGUACGCGCUGCAAGCCUGGGGCAACGGUGGGGCGAUCGGCGAUGUGACCACCAACUUCACACAAAACGACGUAGUAAUCCGCAAGGGCGAUACCACAAAUCUGAAGGACUUGAAGUGGAAAGUCACAGACAAGAGCAAGCGCAUUUUCCAAAUCGGCGAUUUCGACCGCAAGUCCGACGGUUUCGCGCUCGCAGAUGCCAACAAGCCAUUCGAGCACGGCCGCAUUUCAAAGGCACCUGGCAACCUCACCUACACCGUCGGCACCAGCACCGCAAAGGAUUGGUACUUUGGGCAAUCUGCGCUUGGCACAUGGUCUGUGAACUUCCCCGUUAAGAGUGCCGCGGCAUCCAAGUUGACCGUGUCUCUUGCCGGCUUCUCGCAAGGCUCAAGCUGUGACAUUUUGCUCAACAAUGUGAAGAUUGGAAACAUCACUAGCGCGAGUCUGCUCAACAGCCAGGACACAUACCGCGGUGCAACGAGGAAUGGAGAGUGGAGACUGUUGGAAUUCCCGGUUAGCGCCGAGACGUUCAAGAACGGGACGAACAAGCUGGACAUCAAGGUCACAAGGACCUCACAGUGGAGAGGCUGGCUGUGGGACAGCUUGGUGCUGGAUCAGGUCUAA